AUGUCGAACAUUCUUGUAUUUCCGCCAGAAAUCAUCUUAAACAUUGUAUCUCGAUUACCAGUGGAAGCAGUUUUAAAUUGCAGACGCGUUUGUAGAAAUUUGAGAUCUCUAAUCGUAUUCAAUGACAAAUACUUCAGCGAUAUGCAUCUACAGCAGCAUGUUCUUCACGGUGGUGAUGUUCAGGUCAAUUCUUCUUCUAGUCUCAAUUUGAGUUUUAUUUUCGUAGGUUUAAUGAAAAAUCUGUACACAUUAGUGUUUGAUGAUCAAUCUUAUGAGGAAAUUACAAGGAUUAACAUGGUUCUUCCUAAGGGUUCAUGGGAAUUGAUUGGUUCUUGCAAUGGUUUAGUUUGUUUGGCCGAGACAAGCGAUUUUAGCAUUCUUAACCCUGCUUUUGUAUGUAAUCCAAUCACAAAAGAAUGUGUGAGAUUUAUUAAGAACAAGGAGGAGAAGGAGGAGAGGAAGAUUUUAGAAAUAUUAUCUGGAUUUGGGUAUUGUCGUUUGAAGAAUGAGUAUAAAGUUGUUAGAAUUCGAUAUUAUGGCGAUGAGGUAAUUGCUGCAGAAGGUGGAUAUGUUGCUGGGCAUGUACAGGUUUACACUCUUGGCAGUGGUGGUGGAUGGAGAGACAAAGGAGAAACUCAUCAUUCGUUUGUUCGAGGAUCAAGGAGUGUUUAUUUGAAUGGAGUUUGUUUCUGGUUGGAUUCGACAGGGAUGAUUGUAGCUUUCGAUUUCGCAAGUGAGGAGUUCCAGUUGAUUUCACCACCACCUUUACUGGAUGACUUUAACAAUUUUUACAGCAAUAAACUUUGCACGCUUGGGGGAUGUCUGUGCAUUUUUCAGCAACCAUUGAGUAUUUCUGGUAUUCCAGGUAUAUGGGUGCUAAGGAAGAGUGAAGGGAAAGGGCAAGAAGACAUUUGGGUUAAAGAGUGUCCGCUUCCAUCAAUCGUCAGUUGGGAGCUAUAUAGAAAGAAUACACAGACAGCAAUGCCGUUUGCCAUUACCAAAAGGGAUGAAAUUUUAUUCAAGUUCUAUCAAUCUGGGAAGACUAUCGCUUCGUAUGACCUGAAAAGUGCAACUCCAAGAAACAAUUGGAUGCUUGAUAAGGUUUGGAACCGUUUUGAAGCGAUUCCACAUGUGAACACCUUUGUUUCUCUGAAAGCACUUGGCGAAGUAGUGACGAAGCUAGCACCAAUUAAUAGAUUCUGA